UCUGCAGUCGAACGCAUAAAUUAGGCGCCCGUGCGGAUACCUUGUUGCCGAAAACUGAAACAAUAAAUCGUGGAGCAACAUGGCCAUGCACGCGUGGAUCAUUUAGUGCAGCUGAAACAAGCCAGCAAUGCUACGCCGAAGACUAAUUUAAUCGAUCCCCCGUCGAAAUGAUGUUGCAUGUGGUAAUGGAGACAUGGCACUGGCAGACAGCCUCUUCUCCAUCGAGCUCGCAUUUUGCCAUCACAUGAAAGAAGCAGAGACUUGCCGUGGAGAGAUUCUUGCUGUCUGCAGGUCCAGCUGUGCAGCGGCAUCUUCUUCAUCAUCCUAAGGUAGCAGAAAAUUGGAAGGCGCAUGGAACGUCUCGAGAUGCUGCAGCCUGCAGAUUCUUCCUGUCUGCAGGGCCAGCAAUGCUAGCCUGUAGCUUACUCUUCUCAUCUUCCACUGAUAUAUAGGGGACAAGAGACACCAUUGCACCUCCAUCAGCUUCUCUUUGCUCCAUUUCGAGAGAACAACAAGCAAAGCAACUCCAGCUUCUAUUACUUACAGCCAUGGCAUCUCACCUCAGAUCCGCAAGUGUGCCUUCCAGCCCUAGCUCCUGCGAGACCAAUGUCGAAGAAAAGCUUCAGACCCUUAACGCAUCUACCUCUUCGACCAUCGAGAUGGUAUGCGAUGGGUUGAGGAAGCUUGGAGACAUCUACGACUGCAUCGACGAGCUGGCAUCUUUGCCCAGCAGCCAAGUUCUCCUUUGCAAGCCGCAGCAUAGGAUGGCCGUGGAGCAAGAGCUUGAGCGCUCCCUUGUUUUGCUCGACCUCUGCGAUGUUGUACAAGUGAGCUUCUCUGAGCUGAAGGCAACUGUCCAGGACAUGCGGUUGGCCAUCAAGAGAGGAGAUGAUGCGGCUCUUCAGGCCAAUAUUAUCUCUUGGUUCUGCCUGGCCAAGAAAGCCCAAAAGCAGCUCAAGAAGGUCUGCAAGAAGUCCUCUUUCCCUGACCAGGAGAGCUGCAGAGUGGUCAAGUUGUUGGUUGAAGCUAGAGAAACCGCGGUCAAAAUGAUCGAGUCCUCAACGGAUCUCUUGUUGAAGCAAAUCGCGAUGCCGAAUUCUAGCAAGUGGUCUCUUGUAUCCAAGACAUUCCAGAAGACGAGAGUUACAUGCAAGGAGGAUCAACUACAGGUGCUGGAGUUGGACAUCGCUGAUCUUGAGAGCGGCGUCGAGACUUUGUUCAGGAGAUUGAUCCAGAGCAGGGUUUCCCUUCUGAAUACUCUGAGCUUGUAGAUUAGUCACAUACCAACUUUGGUACCCUGUGGUUGGCAUCCACCUUUUAGAGGAUUUGCUGAUCAUCAUAACAACCUUCCAUGUAUA